AUGGGAAAUCAAACCGAAGUGACUGAAUUUAUUAUCCUGGGACUUUCCAGUGACCCACAGAUGAAGAUUUUCCUCUUCCUUGUGUUUUUAGUUGUCUACCUAAUCACGCUUUUGGCAAACAUGGUGAUCAUGCUGGCGAUAAGGGCUGAUCCUAACCUUCACACCCCAAUGUACUUCUUCCUGUCUCAUUUAUCCUUUGUUGAUAUCUGCUAUUCCUCAGCCAUUGUCCCUAAUAUGUUGGUGCAUUUCCUAGCAGAGCACAAAACCAUUUCUGUCAAUAGCUGCAUUGCACAGAUGUUCUUCAUUUUCAUGCCAGCUGUUACAGAAGUUUAUAUUCUCUCAGCAAUGGCUUAUGAUCGCUACGCUGCCAUCUGUGACCCAUUACGUUACGUGGAUACAAUGAGCAAAGGGAUCUGUUUUCAGCUGGUGAGUGGUGCAUGGGCGAUAGGCUUCAUAGAUGCCCUGCUUAACACUAUUUUUGCCCUCAAGCUGCAUUUCUGUGGGCCCAAUCAAAUCAACCAUUUCAGCUGUGAGCUCCCUAGUCUAUUACGUCUGUCCUGCACUGAGACCCUCACCAAUCAAGUGAUGCUUUUUACUUCUGCUGUCAUACUUGGAUCAAGCUCCUUCCUCCUCAUGCUGAUCUCCUACAUUUACAUCAUCUCCACCAUCCUGAGGAUGCGCUCCGCAGAGGGCAGGCAUAAAGCAUUCUCCACCUGCAGCUCCCACCUGAUUGUGGUUGGUUUGUUGUACUUGACAGGUUUUUUCCAAUACACAAAACCCAGCUCAGUCUCGUCUGUGGUGCUGGAUGAAAUAUUCUCCAUCCAGUACAGCAUCUUGACUCCCAUGUUAAACCCCAUCAUCUACAGCCUGAAAAACAAGGAGGUGAAAACAGCUAUAGGGAAAAUGUUGGGGAAAUUCAAUUUUCUCAAGUAG